AUGCCAGCCAGUUCACAAAACGACAAGUCUAGACAAGCAUCGACUGGGAAAUCCUUCUUCGGACGCAAGUUGUACAAAGAGAAGCCGGCAGAAGAUCGACACGAUAACUAUGCUGGUUCCUACGACAGCUUGGCACCUCCGGGGAGCGCUGCCGGUUCACGCUCGUCCCGCUAUUCGAAGCGCUCUUCGAUCCAGUCUGUGGACCUGACCCAUGAUUUGGACCCAAGCAGUAUCGCAUCUACUGCGGGAGUUAUCACAUCUAUCCCAUUCGAAAGCCUUCCUUCCGAUACCAGAACCCCGAUUCCGAUCGAUAGCAUGUCCCGCCCAAGUUCGUCGCGCCACGAGGCUUCGCCCAACCACCUCGGCAAGACAGGGGGGACUAUCAUCAGUAUCCGACGUGGACCUCUACAUCUGCGCCGAAUGGCUAAUAGCAAUUCCGUUGAUCGAGGAGCCAGACAACAAUGGGCACGCCCAGGCAGCUCCGCAGCGAACAAUGGACCCAACUACAAUGGCUCCUCUAUCGAUUCAUCCUCCAACUCCCGCAUCUCCCUCGACCAAACCAGCAUCUACUCUUCCGUUUCUUCUAACACGCGCGGUUCGAGCUACUUCUCCUCGGACAACUCCUCUCGCACUCUUACAACCUCACAUUCUGGUGAUCGCAAUACCAUGUUUCCCAGCUCCAGUUCAGGCCGCUUGUCAAAUUCAGGGUCUAAUCACCAAAUCUCCGCACCGGCCGCUGUCCCCCGGCCGCAAGAUACCUAUCUCACUCGACCGAGAGAUGACCGCAUAGUCGACCAGCUCUUUCUGGAACUGAUGCAAAAGCGAGGGUGGCAAAAUCUGCCCGAACAGGCCAAGCGGCAGAUGCUGUCCUAUCCGGCGUCAAAGAAGUGGACCUUGGUACACCAGGAUCGUCUGACAGAGCUACAAGGAGAGCAUAAGAGACGGCAAAAUGCGCGACAAACGCAUGGCCACGAUGGCCUGUCCGGGCUGCUUGAACGUGCCGAUGAAGAGGGUAGCCCUGAGUGGUAUGUGAAGAAGGUGAUGGAUGACACCAUCACAUCCAAGCAGCUCGCGAGUUUGAGUGUCAGUUUGCGGACACAGCCCAUCAGCUGGGUGAAAGCCUUUGUUGAAGCGCAGGGUCAAAUAGCUUUGACCAAUGUCCUCUUGAAGAUCAACCGAAGAAAAGCCUCUGGUCCUGUUCCGGCUCCGCCAACGGGGGAUAGGGAUCUAGACCGGGAAUAUGACAUUGCCAAAUGUCUGAAAGGCCUGAUCAAUAACAAGUACGGUGCAGACGAUGCCCUCGAGCAUCAAAACGUGCUAGUUGCGCUUGUCAGCUCGUUGUCAUCCCCACGUCUGAAUACCCGGAAACUAGUCAGCGAGAUUCUCACUUUCCUCUGUCACUGGGGCGAUGGCCAGGGUCACCAAAAGGUGCUGCAAGCCAUGGAUAAGGUCAAGCAUGAUCACAACGAAACUGGUCGCUUCGAUGCUUGGAUGCGCAUUGUUGAGGUUACCAUCGAUGGCCGCGGAAAGAUGGGAAGUCUGGUCGGUGCCAGCGACGAGUACCGCAGCGGAGGCAUCGGCAUGGAGAACACACUCAUGGAGUACGCGGUUUCUACCAUGAUCCUCGUGAACAUGUUGGUGGAUGGCGCGGAAACAGAUCUGCAGCUGCGUUGCCACAUUCGCGCGCAAUUCACAUCAUGUGGCAUCAAGCGGUUGUUAACGAAGAUGGAGGGAUUCCAGUAUGAUGUUAUCGACAAGCAAAUCGAGCGAUUCCGAGAAAAUGAGGCCAUUGAUUAUGAGGAUCUUCUCCAGCGGGAGAGUAGCAGCAUGAAGGACAGCGUCGAGGGCGAUGUCAAGGACAUGAACGAUCCCAUGCAAAUUGUGGAUGCAAUCUCGUCCAAGAUUGAUGGAAGCCGGUCCCACGAUUACUUCCUCUCGGCUAUGCAGCAUAUGCUGCUAAUCCGGGAGAACUCUGGCGAGGAAAGCCUGCGUAUGUUCCAGCUGGUCGAUGCCAUGCUGAGUUACGUCGCCAUGGAUCGGAGGCUACCCGAUCUGGAUCUCCGUCAAGGUCUGACCUUCACUGUGCAGAGCUUGCUAGACCGACUGCACACUGAUGCUGAGGCAAGGCGGGUUUACGAUGAGUCUCUCGAGGCCCGACAGAUUGCCGAGGCAGCCAUUGCGGAGCGCGAUGAGAUGAAAGCGCAGAUCGAGCUUGGCGCAGAGGGCUUAGUCUUGAAGCUGCAAAAGCAAAUUGACGAGCAGGCUGGUAUCAUUGAGUUACAGCAACGGCAGAAUGAAUCUUUCAAGGCUGAAAUUGCCGAAGUACAACGACUGCGAGCUCAGGAGUUACAGCGCAAUGAGCUGGAAACUCGCGAACUAUACCUCAUGCUCCGAGAUGCCCAGGAUAUUGCUGCGGCCAAUGCUCGCAAGGCCAAUAAUCCUGAGACCGCGGAGGGCGCAGAUCCAGCUCAGAUGCCUGGGAUUAUGGACAGGGAACGACUUAUGGAACGUUUGGAGCGUCAGCUCGAGCGAACCAAGACCCAGUUCAAGCUGGAAGGUAAGGUCUGGGGCCAGCAUGGACCCUCUGAUCGCCUCCGCGAGCUCCGCGAGAAGAUGGAUGGUGAAGCAGAUGACAGCGAAGAGUUUGCCGAGAAGACCCGUCGAACCCUGGAUCCUAGUUCUUUGGGAUCUGUCUACCGGAAGCGCAGCCAUCACCCUGGAAUGGACUCGUCCUUGGAAGAGGAAGUCCAAACAUCAGUGGAUGAGAAUGGCGAGCCAAUCUAUGAGCAGCCUCGCUUGGUGGAGAUGCAUCGUCCUCGUUUGGAUCCUGCCCAGGCUUCUGGUUUACUAGGGGAGCUUGCUUCUAAGGUUCCUAAGUUUGAUGCUGAAGAUCUGGAUGCAAUUGAAGAAGACCCGGUGCUCGAUCCAGUAGAUGCAGACGCCGAUGCAAAGGCCAUGCCUCCUCCUCCCCCUCCACCCCCCCCAGGGGGCGCCAUCACUCCUCCCCCUCCACCCCCACCCGGCGGUAUGGCUGUUCCCCCACCACCACCCCCUCCAGGAGGGAAGAUCCUUCCACCUCCUCCUCCCCCGGGUGGAAAGGUUGGUUUGCCCCCUCCACCGCCGCCUGGAGGAAUGGCUUUACCGCCGCCUCCUCCGCCCGGUGGUGCCAAGGGCAUUCCUGGGCUGCCGCCCCCACCUCCGCCUCCCGGUGGGAGAGUUGGACUGCCUCCGCCGCCACCUCCAGGUGGUGGUGGAAUUGCUCCUCCGCCCCCUCCCCCUAUGGCUGGCGCCAGGGGACUAAUGAUUCCGCCGCCGCCGCCGCCCAGCGCUCCUUUGGGCGCAGGGUGGAGACCGGCAUACAUGGUUGGGGAUGUUUCACCGUCUACAAUUCACAUGCCGUCCAUCCGACCUAAGAAGAAGCUCAAGGCCCUGCACUGGGACAAGGUCGACACUCCUCAAGUGACUGUUUGGGCUGGUCAUGCACCGACCGCUGAACAGAAGGAAGAGAAAUACACCGAGCUUGCUAAGAAGGGUGUAUUAGAUGAAGUUGAGCGACUGUUCCUGGCCAAGGAAACGAAGAUCUUCGGAGCUAGUACUGCUGCAAAGCAGCGCACAGCGAAGAAACAGAUCAUCUCGAACGAUUUGUCCAAGAAUUUCCAAAUUGCUCUGUCUAAAUUCUCCCAAUACCCGGCCGAGGAAGUGACCCGAAUGAUCAUUCAGUGCGACAAGGACAUCCUGGACAACGUCGUUGUCAUGGACUUUUUGCAAAGAGAAGAAAUGUGCAAUAUACCAGAGAAUGUCGUCAAACUUAUGGCGCCUUAUAGCAAGGAUUGGACGGGGCCUGGCGCUGCCAAUUCCGAGCGUGAACAGGAUCCAUCUGAGCUCACUCGCGAAGAUCAGAUCUAUCUCUACACUGCCUUCGAGCUCAAUCACUACUGGAAAGCAAGGAACAGAGCUCUUGCACUGACGCGCUCCUACGAACCGGAGUACGAGCACAUAUCCGCGAAGCUGAAAGAAGUUGCGAAAGUCAGCGACUCCUUGCGGGACUCUGUUUCAUUGAUGAACGUGCUGGGUCUAAUUCUUGACAUUGGAAAUUUCAUGAACGAUGCCAACAAGCAAGCUCAAGGCUUCAAGCUGAGCUCCUUGGCCCGUCUAGGCAUGGUCAAAGACGACAAGAAUGAGACUACCUUUGCCGAUCUGGUCGAGCGUAUCGUGCGCAACCAGUACCCGGAGUGGGAGGGCUUCCUCGAUGAGAUCAGCGGUGUCAUCGGCCUGCAGAAGGUCAAUGUCGAUCAGCUUCGCACUGACGCCAUGAAGUACAUCAGCAACAUUAAGAAUGUGCAGUCGAGCUUGGACGCUGGUAACCUGAGUGAUCCCAAGAGGUUCCACCCUCAGGAUCGUGUCAGCCAGAUCGUCCAGCGGUCCAUGAAGGACGCCAGACGGAAGGCUGAGCAAUUGCAGCUCUACCUUGAGGAGAUGGUCAAAGCUUAUGAUGAUAUCAUGGUCUUCUACGGCGAAGAUAACGCAGACGAGAAUGCCAGACGCGACUUCUUCGCUAAGUUGAGCUCAUUCCUGGUCGAAUGGAAGAAAUCCAGAGAGAAGAACAUAGCUCUCGAAGAGUCAAGGAAGCGCACAGAAGCAUCUCUCGCCCGCAAGCGACUCAACGUCAAUCCCGCAAACCCCGCCCAGGCCACAGACGCCGCCCAAUCGCCCGCCACGAGUGGUGCCAUGGACUCGCUGCUCGAGAAAUUGCGUGCUGCAGCUCCCCAAGCCAAGGACCAACGGGACCGCCGCCGCCGUGCUCGCUUGAAGGAGCGACACAACGUCCGCGUGGCUUCAGGCUCGAAGCCGCCUGAGGAUGCGGCUGAAGAAGGCGAGGCUGGAGCCGACAAGCCGUCCAAUGGCGUAGCCGAUGACGAGCACGGCCUUCUCAGCCCUCCGGACGCUGAUGAUGAGGGUAAGGAGGGUAACAAAGAGGAAGGCCGAGUGUCCGAAGGCGAAGACGUCGCCGAGCGUGCUGCGAAUCUGCUCCUCGGUCUGAGGAGUAAUUCCGAUGCAGGGGGCGGCGAGCGCCAAAGACGCAGAAGAGAGAGUGCGGAUGAAGAGCGUCGAAGUCGCCGCAUGAGACGCCGCAAUCCCGCGACAAACGGAAGCAAGGAUAGUGCCGAUGGCUCUGGUGGUCUUGCUACCGUUCAAGAGCCUGGUUCUCCUUCGCAAAGAGACUCCUCCCUCACCGAUGAGCACCAACUUCCCAGUCCACCCGAUGAUAGUCAACCUCCGCCUUCUAUAGUUGUGUCAGAGCAAGACGACUCAUUCUCACAGGACCACUCAAUUGAGGGAUCACCUCCACCCAAAGCGACCGACCCGUCGGAUUGA